CGAUGUUUUCAUCGAUGUUUCUCCACCUCUACUAUUUUCGUAGCGGUCAGGGGCGAAAUUAACAAAUUAAAACAAAACUCACCUGGGUUUUACAAGAAAGCGGCAGAAACGUACCUGGAAAACAUCCCCUUAGUGCAAUCGAAGAGAAGACAUGUCUGCGCCGGUGAUUGUCGAGGCCACGGUCAAGCAGACCGCCACGCUGAUUUUCAUGCAUGGCUUGGGAGACACGGGUCAUGGCUGGAGCAGCGCUUUGGCCGCCAUCCGGCCACCCUUCAUGAAGGUCAUCUGCCCCACGGCGCCCACACAGCCUGUUUCGCUGAAUGCCGGCUUUAGGAUGCCAUCGUGGUUUGAUCUGAAGACCCUGGACAUUGGAGGGCCGGAGGACGAGCCGGGAAUUCGGGAGGCGCGCGAUAGCGUACACAGCAUGAUACAAAAGGAGGUCAGUGCUGGAAUACCCGCAAACCGCAUCGUCCUGGGAGGCUUUUCGCAGGGCGGAGCCCUGGCAUUGUACUCGGCGCUGACCUAUGACCAACCGCUGGCCGGUGUGGUGGCUCUGUCCUGUUGGUUGCCGCUGCACAAGCAGUUCCCCGACGCCAAGGUCAACAGCGACGAUGUGCCCAUCUUCCAGGCGCAUGGCGACUACGAUCCCGUGGUGCCCUACAAAUUCGGCCAGCUGAGUGCCAGCCUGCUCAAGUCGUUCAUGAAGAAUGUGACGUUCAAGACCUACAGUGGACUAUCGCACUCGUCGUCCGACGACGAGAUGGACGACGUCAAGGACAUAAUCAGUAAAUGGACACAUUGGGAGAGCCAGAACAUGGCUAGAAGGGCGCAAUGCUGCGAGAUAUCAUAGUAGCAGAAGCCAGUGCUAGAAUAGUGAAGGUUCCUUCCACAAAUCAAAGCACCUCACCCUAGUCAAGAUGUCUCGAGCCGCACGAGAGAAUUGUAUUUUAGUAAUUACGUUGUACAUACACACUCACAAAUAACACUUAAAAUGGACUUGGUACUAUGAAAAGGCUGUCUCCUUUCACCUGGUGAAGUGACAAGAAAACUGGUUCGCCAAAGCGAAUUGCCAAUAAAGUUAUUUAAUGCUCUUAACUUUA